AUGCAUGUGUCAGGGAGUGGCGUGGCUGGCUGGCUGGCUGGGGAAGCAAAGCGACUUUUCUUCUUCUUCCCCGGAUCAUCUAGGAGAAUCAUGAGUAAAAUGGGCGAAGAGCAAAAGGGAGAUCCAGAAAAGGGGUCGAGGAAGGCAAAAGAACAGCCAAAGGCAAAAGCAAAAGCAAAAAAAGGCAGAAAACCCAAGAAGGAGACAAGGGGAAAGAUGGAGCUGGAGCUGGAGCUGGAGCUGGAGCUGGAGAUGGAGAAGACCAGGAGACGACAAGGAGACUCCGCGUGGCCUGAGGGUGGCGAGAGGAAGAGGAAGACUCAAGAGGAAGACGGCAGUAAGAGAAGAAGACUCAAGUAA